UGUUGACAAUGGAAGUGGUGCAGAAGUUUAACAUAGAAAAAACCCACCCGGCUAAUCAAGUACUGUCGGAUCACGCGCACUCGCACUUCCUCUUCCUACACGCUUUCCUUUUCCCCCUUCCUAUCCUAUAUAUUAGGGUUCAUUAUAAAUAUCAAUUAUUUCCUUAUUCAAACUCAUAUCUAUUUUUUUUUUUUUUAACUUAUUACUUAUUAUUUGAUUUGAUCUAAUAUAUAACACACACACAUAAUCUAUAUUGUUGUUUUUUUCGCUAAUUGUUUAGUUAUUGUAGUGUGUGUGUGUGUGUUUGAUUUGAUCUAAUAUAAUAAUUAUGCCGUCUUUUAGUCGUAGGAAGAAGAAAAACCGGUUUUCGAGAUUAGUGGCUGAUCAUAUUCAGUCACCAAAACACGGCGGUUCACUUGUUGUGGAAACCGGUUUUCCUACUUCUUUGAUUGAUCUUUAUGUUAGAAAUCGGGGCAGGUUUCGUAAUAAAUCUGCUGUGAAUGAUUAUGACAAAGAUUCAGAAGUCAAUUCGACGUUGACUUCGUUUUCGUCGUUAUCGACUUCUGAAAAUUUGUCUAGUGAUUUAGAUUUUAGAGAUAAUGAUGAAAUUGUUAUAGAAAAUGAUGUUUUUUAUGAUGUUGUUAGUGAUAGUUGUGAUAGUAAUUUAGAAGUAGAGAAUUCGGGUGAGAAUUCGGAUAAAAAUGUUGUAAUGUUGAAGGUUUUUUUGAUGAUUUUUUUGGCGUUGGGAACAAAGGGGUUUGUAGUCGGGUUUAUGAUAUCGGCUUUAGUUCUGUUUUUGCUUGAAUAUUUGGGGAAAUCGUUGUUUGUGAGAUCGAGUUUGAGUGCAGAUCCUAAAACAUUGAUUGAAACCGGUUGUAAUGAAAACAAGGAUGUCAAAAGGUUAAAAAAAGAGAAUGUGUUUAAUGAAGUGUUGGAGAUUAAAGAAGUUAACGAUGAGUUAAAACAGACGAUUAGGUCAGAGAAAGAGUCGGAUGAAGUAGUUGUGAUGGAAAUUAGGCAAAAGAGUUCUCGAAAAGCUAUAAUGAAGUCGAAAAUGAAGAAACUUGUACCCAAGAAACUACUUAAGUCAAUGGGUUCAAAAGACGAUUUAGCUUCUGAAUUAAAAGAAGAAGAGUCGGUUAAACGUGUGCAGGAUGUUAAUAAACCGUUAGUUUUGUCUCAUGAAUGCUCGUAUUCAAGUAACGAAGAUUUGUGUAACUUGAACCAAGAACAGGACAAAAUCGUAGAAAUAGAAAGUUGUCGGUCUUCAUCAUCAACUUUGUCGAGUGAAUUUGAUUGCAAUGUUGAGGAAUUAGGGAGGGAACUAAAGCGGAAUUCAGGGUAUUUGGUUUUAUGCUUGAUUGUGCUGGCUGGACUAAUCGGAGGACGGGUUAUGGCAGUUGCAUUUUCACUAUCUUGGUGUUUUAUUCUGAAGAUAUCACAAUGGAUAAGUUGUAAAGCUUCUCAGUUCCUAAUUUAAGUUUGUUUGUUGGUUUACAAUCUCUUUGUUGUUUUUUGUAUCUAAAUCCUUAUGUUCAUUACUUGUGCACAACUUGAUUUAAGCAAUAGAAGUAUAGCUAUACUAUAAUUUUA